AAUCAAGAGAGAUUGCCUUCCACUAACAAUACUCAUACACGCUUUACAGAUGGACUGUUCUGUGCUUUCUGUGCUCACCCUUGAAUCCCGCCAUCUGGGCCAAAACGCACACAGCCUCGAUAGUUGAGCCUGGCCCAGCGUCAAAGUGAUCCUUUCUGUUAUUUGCUAUUCGAAAUACCCUGCUACACCGAAUACCCGAACCGUCUGGGCCAAGGUCACUCCCGCCUUCUACUGCGUUCUAUAGCGGCCACUUGGGCCAGCGUUAGAGCCCCGACCAGCUGCAAAGUCGUUCCGUGGACUCACUUACACCGACCCAAGUGGCACUGGCACCUUGCGUGUGUCUGCUGGGUGCUGCGGGUUCUAUCGGAGAAGCAUGGCGGCAACACUUGACCCCAGGCAGACGGUACAGGUGCAGUCGCAAGCGGACUCUGGGCAAAAGGGAGCUGGGCAAGAGGAGAGGUCUUGGCAGCCACUUGUUGUCCCGAAGGAGUGGUAUGUCCGUGAGGGGCUUGCAUGGCAUGCUCACCAGCCGGUAUCCCUCACAGUGGAGGUCAACGGCAAACGUGAUUUGAUGAAGUAUGCUGCUGUAAUGCAGUUGGUGCAUCAGCUUGGCUACGUCGCUCGGUUAGGCCAGCCUGGCGCAGCCGCAAAGUUUCAAAACCUUCACCUGGUGGAUGUGAAGCGACGCGGCAGCACCGACAUCCACAUAUGCCUGGGCGACUUGGCCUGGGUGCGCUCACGUGCCUCAGAAGCAUCAACCACAGCUGCAGCUGCUGCAACCCUGGCCUCACAGCCAACGCCGCCUGCCGAGGGUAGCCCGGAC